AACUUUUCCUAGCCUGGAAAGCCUGAAGGCAGGAUCAGAACCAAAGGGCGGGGGGGCUCUCACAGCUUGUGAGGUGUUGCUUUGAAAGAACAGAGAUGAGAAGGCAGGGAAGGGGACGAGGCUGGGGGAUGAACAUGCUGCUGCACGCCCAUGUCUGCCCUGCACACCGCUCAGUCACUUCUGUGGUCUCCCCACUUCAAUCCCUUUGUUCAUCCCCACAGUUACCUCCAGCACUGCCCCCUGCCAUCCCCAUCUCCCUGUCACUCUGUCCCUUACGGGCUCCCCGGCUGUCACUUGCAGUUGAAGAUGAUGAGGAGGGCUGCGAGGUGAACGGCCGGCUCUAUCGAGACGGGGAGGUUUUCCAGCCCAGCUGCAAAAUCCAGUGCCAGUGCUUGGACGGGGGCUUCAACUGCAUCCCGCUCUGCCAGGAGGAUGUCCGGCUGCCCACCCCGGACUGCCCCUACCCCCGGCGCGUGGAGAUCCCAGGGAAGUGCUGCCCCGAGUGGAUCUGUGAAGCCCAGGACCAGCACCUCCUCCGGGAUGCCAGGGCAGGUAAGAUGCAGAGCAGCUCCAGGGAGGGGAUGCCCACGCAAGUCUCUGGGGAUGGCCCCUUCCCCCCAGGCUGUGGAACAUCAGCAGGAGACACCUCGCACGUUUCUCUGCCACGCAGGGCUGUGCCUGCAGCACCGCAGGGAACUGCACAGCACCUGCUCCAACCACCCUUUCCCCUGUUGUGUCCUUUUUUGCAGCCCCCGGGGCAGUGUCCCCACUGCUGCGACACCCCUGCCAGGAGUGGGGCACGGAGUGGAGCUCCUGCUCGGCCACCUGCGGGCUGGGCUUUGCCACCCGCGUGUCCAACCAGAACCGCUACUGCCGGCUGGAGACCCAGAGGCGGCUCUGCAUGGUCCGACCCUGCCCGGCCCUGCCGGCAGCGUUCCCAGCGACGGGAAGAGGAGGUCAUUUGUAGCUGUGCCCAUCCCAGAUUCACCCUGAAGCCAACGCCUCAUCCUGGCAAAGAGUCUGGCACGAACCCAUGGCACUGUGGUUAUGGUGAAGAUGGAGGAUGUUUCCAUUGGGAAAACAGAGAAGAAAUUAUCGACUUUGGCUGCAAAGGAGGAUGGAAACAGAGAACAAGAUCCCUGUGUCACCCAUCACUUGCCUCCUCUGUACACCCUGCUGCCCCAGGCAGGGUUACUGGGCAGCAUUCCGAGUUCCUUAGGCUGAAUGAAAUGGGAAAUGGGGAAAUCCUGCUCCAAGCAUAAACCCACCCAAGAAACCGGGAAUUGGUCAUUUCCUGGAUCAGUGAGGCUUCAGAAGGAGUGAUGCUGCUUCUCCACCACAUCAUGCAGCUCUGCUUUGCAGGGACUUCAAGAGAGACCAUCUCCAGCACCUGGAAGCCAAAAUCCCAGGAGGGAACCCUCAUGCCCUGACACCCCCCAGGGAGGGAGCAAGCCAUCAAGUUGCACCCCACAAGUCACUGCCACGCCAGGCUGAGCUGCUCAACCAUGCGGGAGCUCAGCCAGCCCAUGGUUCCCACCCUGCAACCCAGCAGCCGCCUUCCUGGGCAUGGGCAGGGUCCUCCUGAUGGCAGCUCUAAUUCACCUUCCUCUCAUCUGUCCAGAAUAAACACGAGCCUUCCCGCUCUGCCUGGCCGCCUCCUCUCCAAAGCGCUGGUGGUUUGGCAGGGCUGCGGCGAGCGAGGAGCUCAGACACCGGAGACUCCGCUCCGCAGCACCAGACAUACCGCCUGCCAUCCAAGCACAUUCCCUGCGAGCCGGGGCCAAGCGAAAAGCGGGAAAAGCAGGGAAAAGGGAAAAACAAAUCGCAAAGAUGAGUCGGUGCCGUCUCCCGACGGGCUGGAGCUGCUCCAGCCACGCAGGAGAGCUGCUCGGCUGCGCUGGUUGUGCUUUCUCCCAGUAAAAAAGUCCUUCUGGGUGAUGGAAAAUGAAACCCAAAUGCCCUCUAAUGGCCUCGCACAGAUGUGCAGAGGGAACGCGCGUUCCACCGCGGGAAGGGCAGCUGGAAGGAGCAGCGGAUUGGGUGAUGUGUCCAGGUGAGAGAUGGACUUUCUAGAUGUGUAUUUCUGAACUAAAAAUAAAGAUGUGCUCAUCCA